UCCGCCGCUGUUGGCGGACGUCAGCCGCCCGCCGCCGCAGGUGCCGGCUACGCAGGCGCUCACUCUGCAGGAGCGGCAGACCUACAUCCUGCAGCUGAAGGCGGCGGCCCUGCUCGGCGGCAAAGGUAUGAAGCGCAGCCUGGCGGGCGAGGAGACAAUGAGCACCACCAAACGCUACCGGCCGCAGGACAUGUCGCUGCGCCUGCUCAUCAGCAGCCGGGCGGCCGGCUCGGUGAUUGGCAAGGGUGGCUCGAACAUUAACCGGCUGCGCGAGCAGAACGGUGCCACAAUUUCAAUCCCCGACACGUUGGGCCCGGAACGUGUAGUCAACAUCGGUGCCGAGCGCGACACCACGCUGAAGAUCGUCGAGGAUCUCUUGCCCAGCCUGGACGAUGUGCCCGGCCGCGACCCGGACUCGACCGAGGGCGAACUCCGGCUGCUGGUGCACACCAGCCAGGCGGGCAGCAUCAUCGGCCGCUCCGGCUUCAAGAUCAAGGAACUGCGCGAGGAGACGGGCACGCAGGUGCGGGUGUACACGGAGCCGUGCCCACAGUCCACGGACCGGGUGACGCAGAUAUCGGGCCCGCGUGCCAGCGUGCUCCAGUGUCUGGGCCGCAUCCUGACGCUGCUGGCUGAGAACCCGCCCAAGGGCCUCGUCAACCCGUACGACCCGGUCCACUACGACGAGGUGUUCGCCUCGGAAUACGGGGGCUUCUCAGAGGGCCGCGGUCGGGCCGGGCCGCAGGCCGCCCUGGGGCGCGCCGGCUUCCCCGGUCGUGGCGCCAUGGCCGCCAUGGCCGGCGCUCGUGCCUACGGCGUUGGCGGCGUGACGGGCGCCCGUGGCGGGUACGGUCGCGGCGCCAUAGGCAUGGGCGUGGCUGACAGCGGCAUGAACAUGGGGUACGGCAUGGCCGGCCAGGUGAACCAGCUGCCGCCGGGCGGCAUGGACUUCAGCGCACCGGCGUCCUCCACCAGCCUGACGCCCGUGCCAGCCGUCAGCGGCGGCGACCAGCAGACGCAGCAGUUCUCCGUGCCCAAGGGGGCGGCCGGCGCCAUCAUCGGCAAAGGCGGGGCGCGGAUCCGCAAAAUCCGCGCCGACUCGGGCGCGCAGAUCAACAUCGACGACGUCAAGGACGGCCAGGUGGAGCGCAUCGUCACCAUCAGCGGCUCGGCUGAGCAGAUCCAGAUGGCGCACUUCCUCCUGCAAAAAUGCGUACGCGAGAACAGCGACGGCGCCUACUGAGCCUCCUGCUGCCGCUGCCCGGGAGGACCCAUGCAUUCCACUCGCUCCGUCAGCGUCACACUUCGGCCAUCCAAUGUACUCGUGUUUUGCUUUACGGCCGAUAGGAAGCGCGCAGUUGGUCUUGCCACCAGUCUGGACGGCUCGGAUCCUCGCAGCCUGAGUAACCGUUUGAGGCUGCAAUGGACUGUACAUGCUUUUCUGGUAUUUUGCAGUAAACCUGGUGCUUGCAAGAAUAUAAUGAGCUUCCUGA